GAGAGGAGCUCGGCGGUCGGACCCCUCCCUCCUUCUAUCUCUCUCCCCUCUCUCUUCUCUCCUCUCUCUCUCUCUCCUUUUCUCCUCCCCUUGUUGUGACAGAGCACACCUGCUUGAUCUUGGCUACACGCGCUCAGAGUCCAAUUACCACAUAGGCCCUCGCAGCCACUUCACAGUCUCAUCCCCCCCACUCGGCUGGAUUUUUGGGAGUCAAGCUCAUCUUUGCCCACUCGUACCCUCUUCGCCUCGCUUCUACAAAGAACAGGCUCCCUGCUAGCGGCACCAUGAGGUCAGCCUGUCUCUCUCUGCUCCUGGUCACCGCCUGCUGGGCUCUGCCCUUCCGCCAGUCCGGCUUCCUAGACUUCAUGAUGGACGAGGCGGGAUCGGGCGACGAGACUACAGAGUUAGCCCUCCCUCCCAUGCCUGAGGGACCCAAGUGUCCCUUCAGAUGCCAGUGCCACCUGCGUGUGAUCCAGUGCUCUGACCUCGGUCUGAAGGCAGUUCCUGGGGACAUCCCAGACGACACCACUCUGCUGGACCUGCAGAACAACAAGAUCACUGAGAUCAAGGAGAACGACUUCAAGAACCUGAAGGGACUUCAUGCUCUCAUCUUGGUGAACAACAAAAUCACCAUCAUCCAUGCCAAGGCCCUCAGCCCCCUGACCAAGCUGCAGCGCCUCUACCUGUCCAAGAACAUGCUUAAAGACGUGCCCGCCAACAUGCCCAAGAGCCUGCAGGAGCUCCGCAUCCACGAGAACGAGAUCACCAAGAUCAAGAAGGCGUCCUUCCAGGGCAUGUCCCACAUGAUCGUCAUGGAGCUCGGGUCCAACCCUCUGAAGAGCGCGGGCGUUGAAGGCGGAGCUUUCGCUGACCUGAAGAGAGUCUCUUACAUUCGUAUUGCAGAUACGAGCAUCACAGAGAUCCCUAAAGGUCUGCCCAGCUCUCUCUCUGAGCUCCACCUGGAUGGAAACAAGAUCAGCAAAGUGACGGGUGGCAACCUCCAAGGCCUGAAGAACCUGGCUAAGCUGGGUCUGAGCUACAACGAGAUCAGCUCUGUAGAAAACGCCACGCUGACUAACGUCCCUCACCUGCGAGAGCUCCACCUGGACAACAACGCUCUGACCAGCGUUCCUCCUGGCCUGUCUGAACACAAGUACAUCCAGGUGGUCUACCUCCACGCCAACAAGAUCAACGCUGUGGGAACAGGCGACUUCUGUCCUCCUGGCCUCAACAGCAAGAAGGCAAUGUACUCCGGCAUCAGCCUCUUCAGCAACCCCGUUCCUUACUGGGAAAUCCAGCCGGUCACCUUCCGCUGCGUCUUUGACCGCUCCGCCAUCCAGCUCGGCAACUACAGGAAGAAGUAGAAGAAGAAGACGAAGAAGAAGAGGAAGAGGAGCGUCCUGCGCGCAUCAGCGAGGAAGUGUGUGAUUGUAAAUGAGUGUGUGAAAGUUUUGUAAGUGUGCGUGUUUGACCGCAGCCCCCAAAACACUGACCCCGUCGCCCCCCCCCCCAGCCCCACCACCAACACCAACACUGCCUCCCCACAAACGACGACGUCAUGAAUCCACAUUUCAUUCGUGGACAUGGACCCGGGAACGCCACAUAUCAUAUUCAAUAUUUAGCUUUAAGGUUAGUGCAACAGUAUUAGCAAACACCAGCAUACUCCGGUGAUGCUCUCUCACACACACACACACACACACAGCACAUCAGCCAUAGACGCAGUGAAGCAAGCGUUCACACUGCACACAUACAUACUGGAAAUACAUAACUGAAAUUCAGAGGAGAUUCCCCAGACCCCCCCCUUAAAAAUGAAAUCAAUUUUAAAAUGUUCCAAAUUCAAGUUUGAACUUUCCAUUGUAUGAAUCUGAAGAGAGCUGGCCUGUAGAGCAGGCAGCCAGGGGGUGAACUUGUGUUUUAAAAUACCUUUAACAGCUGGUAUACUAGAAUGUACUAGAUAUUACCUGUGUACUAGGAUUAGCAUUCAGAGUGUAACUUUUGCCACGCUGCACUCCCUGAGAGAACUCUGAGUUUCUAUUUGUAUUGUACUCAAUCCAAGUAGAGAUAAAAGCAACAGUGACUUCUAUCACAGUGUCAUUUCUCGUGCUUACUUCUUUAGUGUCAUUAAGUUCUGGGUGUUUGUCUUCAUCACGUUUCAUCCCUUGUUCCUCUCCCAGUGUGUGUUGUUCAAUAAAGGACACAAGGUGAAAAUAGCUUCUAAAAAAAUGUAGAAUAAACCAUAUAUGUUUUAAACAUAA